UAUAUGCCACUAUUUUAAAUUGAAUGGAUUAGUGAUAUCCCUUAAAUUUGGACUGUAUUCUACGGACUUUGUGGACGAAAGUAGAAUUUAUGCUUUAUUAAUUAUUAAGGUACUUUGAAAGGUAGCAUUUGGCUUAUGUUGACAGAAAUUAGAUUCAAUUCCAUUAGAUCUUAGAGGACGAUGAACAUAUUGAUUUAUGAAUGAUAUUUAAUAAAAUUUA